UCCCAUAUUUUAUGCUUUCCUCGAAUUGAACUCUUGUAACUAAACCGUUCUAUACUCAAUUAAGGAAUAGAGUUCCCAAAUUUUUUGUUUUCAUUGUUUAAUCAGCUAUUUCCUAUUUAUUUUAUUUCAGAAAUCUAAAACAAAAAAUGGAUUUUGAAGACAAAAUAGAAAGAAAAGAACCUAUUUUGCAUCGCUCAAAAUUGACAACCAGUCAUACAGAAUUUCAUUAAGCAAUUUUCUCUAUUGGGUUAAGGGCAAGAUAUACAUGGGGGUCUAUAUAAUAAUUCAGAGAAAAUAAAGAGUUAGAAAGUUAGACAAAACAAAAAGGUACUUUUUCUAUCCAUGUACAAAGUCUUUCAAAUGUAAAAAAUGAUUGAUUUGACUUUGCUUUUGUUGUUUUACCUUUAAUUAGAAUGUUGAUGCCUUGGUAGAGAAUUACUCCUCGCUGAUUUGGAUGUGCAAUUAUGCCCAAAAAAAAAAUGCAGUUAUAUUAGUUCAUUAUUUUUUCUGCUACUUCUCUUGUGGUCACAUUUGUGUUUAUCAUCCAUACAUUAGUCAUUCCGAUUUUAACUUUGAUAGAUUGGGCUUGGAUUUUGUUGUUUCGAGCUUUAACUAGAAUGUUAAUGCCGUCAUAAGGAAUUAUCCUUUAAUCAUAUUGAUAAGCACUUCUUUUUAUAUGCAAAAGGCAAUACGCAUGUAUAACUUCAUUAUGUUUUGUCCAAGUUUUCUGGUGUGCGCAUGUCAUUUCGAUCAUAAAGUUAGAUUUGGCUUUGAUUUGUUGUUUGAGCUUUAACUAGAAGGUUAAUGUCAUGGAAGGAAAUGAUUUUUUGGUCGGCUCGAUGGUGGAGAAUUACUCCUUAAUAAUUUGAGCAUGAGCAGUAGUGCAACAUAACAAAACACAUGUUUCUUGUCAAUAAUUGGUAAUUGUGUUUCAUUUUUGAUUUGGUGUUAGCUUUCUAUGUGUUCCGCGACGAUUGUGUCAGAAACAUGAAGCAGUUUUCCCCUUGGAAAUUGUUGCACUGCCACAUCUUUGCCUUGGUGUGUCAUCUUGAAUUGGGUGCCGAAAAUGCUGUCCCAUAUUAGAAGAGUGUGGCACUUUUGUGCAUUGGGCGCAGUGUAUUAGGGGAUCAAACAAGUGUCUAUUUUAGCUAAUAAGAAAAUUAUUGUUGUCAUCAACAUGGAAACUAUUAUACCUGAAUGUGAAAUAAUUGGGAAUCCUAAAGCGCUUGUAGAAUCUAAUUUUGGAGCUCAGAAAGCUAUAUCUAAUGGCGUUUCUGGGUCUGCAAUCUUUAACAAUGGUAACUUGAGUGCUCAAAGAUCUGGCCAAACAAGCUUUGCUAACAGCAACAAUUUGAGCUCCCUACAUUCAGGUAAUAGCAUGCAGAACUACCCACCUGCAAUUCAACCUGCAUAUCAGCCUCCUCCAAAUUACAAAAGCCAUGGGACAAUAAUGAAGAAUGAAGCACCUGCCCGCAUUAUUCCAAUUGCUGCUUUGAACCCCUAUCAGGGUCGGUGGGCUAUUAAGGCUAGAGUGACUGCAAAGGGGGAUCUACGUCGCUAUAAUAAUUCCAGAGGAGAUGGAAAGGUCUUCUCAUUUGAUCUCCUUGACUCAGAUGGGGGUGAAAUACGUGUCACUUGCUUUAAUGCGGUUGUUGAUCGCUUUUAUGACAAAAUUGAAGCUGGAAAAGUGUACAUGAUAUCAAAAGGCAGCUUGAAACCUGCUCAGAAGAACUUCAACCAUCUGAAGAAUGAAUGGGAAAUAUUCUUGGAGAUAACUUCAACCGUAGAUGUCUGUCCAGAUGAAGAUGCCACUAUACCAAGACAGCAGUUCUCAUUUAGACCUAUUAGUGACAUUGAAAGUGCAGAAAGCAAUUCAAUCAUAGAUGUGAUUGGAAUUGUAAUAGCUGUCAAUCCUUCUGUUCCGAUCCUGAGAAAGAAUGGAAUGGAAACUCAAAGAAGAAUCUUGAAUCUAAAGGAUCAGUCUAGGCGAAGUGUUGAGCUGACACUAUGGGGAGACUUCUGUAACAGGGAAGGUCAAAAGCUGCAAGAAAUGGCAGAAGCUGGGUUUUCCCCUGUUUUAGCUGUCAAAGCUGCAAAAGUUAGUGACUUCACUGGGAAAUCCAUUGGAACCAUUUCUUCCACUCAACUGUUCAUAGAUCCAGAUUUUGCAGAGGCUCAAACUCUAAGAGAAUGGUUUGAUCAGGGAGGAAAAGAUGUUGCUUCUCAAUCUAUAUCUAGGGAAAACAUGCCUGCAGGAUCAAAAAGUGAGAUACGUAAGACCGUGUCUCAGAUCAAGGAUGAAGGGCUUGGUAGGUCAGAUAAACCAGACUGGAUUACAGUUAAGGCAACUAUAACAUUCAUCAAAACCGAAAGCUUCUAUUACACUGCUUGCCCUCUGAUGAUUGGAGAUAGACAAUGUAAUAAGAAAGUUACCAGGUCAGGAAACUCGAGAUGGCAAUGUGAUAGGUGCAAUCAAGAGUUUGAGGAAUGUGAUUACAGAUACCUUCUUCAAGCUCAAAUUCAAGAUCAUACUGGGUUGACAUGGGUGACAGCUUUCCAGGAAUCUGGGGAAGAGAUUUUGGGUCGUCCCGCAAAGGAGCUACACAUGAUGAAUGAAGAGGCGGAUGGUAACAGAUUUUCUGAAAUUAUUAGAAAAUGUCUCUUUACACAAUUUCUAUUCAGGCUUAAAAUCAAAGAGGAACUUUAUGGUGAUGAGCAGAAGGUGAAGAUUACAGUUAUCAAGGCAGAGAAAGUGAAACAUUCUGCAGAAAGCAGAUAUCUCCUUGAUUUAAUUUCAAAAUUCUGUCCUUCUUGAACAAAGGAAGCCAGAUGAGAGAUUCUUAUUGCAUCCAUUUUUAGGAAACCCAUUGGCUCUCUUUCUCAGAGAGAUAUAGGCAAAAAGUCAUUGUUGUAGUCAGGUGAUUAUUUUUCUCUUCGCCAUAGGAAGGUGCAUUAUUUGCAUUCUUGCUUUGAAAUCCCACUUAAUGGUCUAAUGUAGUUUUAGUAUCCAAUUGAUUUGGAAGGAGCAUAUUUUCAUUUUUCUUGUCCCAUGAGUUGAAUAGUUGAAUUUACAAUAUUAUUCUCAUUUGUCUUCA